UGAUGUAACACACGCUUUGAUAAGAAAGUAGAUAGUUAACUAGUUUGUGGAGUUUUAUAAAUAGCUAGCUAGCUAGCUAGUCAUUGAUUAUUUAUUUUUUUAAACGUGGAAGUUAUAGUUCUAUAACAUGGCAGUGAGCGCAGUUCACCUCGAAUCAGAUGCCUUUUUGGUUUGCAUGAAUCAUGCAUUAAGUACCGAGAAGGAGGAAGUAAUGGGACUCUGCAUCGGAGAGGUGGACACCAACCGCAUCGUCCACAUUCAUUCUGUUAUUAUUCUCCGACGCUCAGACAAGAGGAAGGAUCGCGUGGAAAUCUCGCCUGAGCAGCUAUCUUCAGCUGCUACCGAAGCUGAGAGAUUGGCUGAAAUGACUGGACGGCUGAUGCGUGUAGUUGGUUGGUACCACUCUCACCCCCACAUCACUGUGUGGCCAUCACAUGUGGAUGUAAGGACACAGGCCAUGUACCAAAUGAUGGACCAGGGCUUUGUUGGGCUGAUUUUCUCCUGUUUCAUUGAGGAUAAGAACACAAAAACUGGUCGAGUUCUCUACACCUGCUUCCAGUCUGUGCAAGCCCAGAAAGGCUCUGAGUACGAGAGAAUCGAGAUCCCAAUUCAUGUGGUCCCGCACGAGGCCAUUGGGAAAGUGUGCCUUGAAUCAGCAGUGGAGCUCCCAAGAAUCCUCUGCCAGGAAGAGCAGGAUACCUACAGAAAGAUUCACAGCUUAACUCACCUGGAUCCGAUCACGAAGAUACACAAUGGCUCAGUGUUCACUAAGAACCUGUGCAGUCAGAUGUCUGCUGUGAGUGGUCCCCUGCUGCAGUGGCUGGAGGACCGUUUGGAGCAGAACAGACAGAGCGUCAUUGAGCUGCAGCUGGAGAAGGAGAGACUAACUCAGGAGCUGGCAACCAUGUGAGAGAGAAAGGACAUUGCACAGCUGUAAAUCCAUUUGCUCCAUGAGGGACCACCAUCCUGUCUGCGGGACAUAGAAGGCUUCCGCUCCACAGCUGAUCCAUGGUGGAGGCACUAUCAUGGAGGCCAGCUGCAAUAGCUUGCUUACAAACUUGUUUACAUAUCAUAACAACAGAUUUCAUAGACACUGUAUGUUGUCAAAGGAGGUCUUACCCAUUUUUACAGUAUGUAUUAUGACUUGUUAAAGUGCCCUUGGCUGUCUGAAAUGCAAACUAUUAAAACAUUACAAUCCCAAGAUAAAGAACAUACGCUGCGAGGAGGCAACUUGUUUACAUUUCAUUACCACAUCCAACAUCCCAUAUUCAGUGGGAUGGUUAUACUGCAUAGGGCCUCCCUCUCUCCCUUUAUAACAACACCAUGGUAGCUCUCUGACCCAACAGGGAGGAGAGUUAAACGAAAAAGAAGACACUGCUUUUAAGAGGGAAAUUCAGCCAUAAAUGAGAGAGGGUGUGAACACAGAGGUACCCUGACGGAGAGGAGAGUCAGAGAGUUCACGGUAGCAGUUAUAGCCUCAAUCCAGCCAAUAAUGAUUCAACACUGAUUGGGGCCUAAGUCUCAGGCUGCAAAAUAAUUGGGGAAAUGUUGUAUAGCAAGAAAGCAAACAAACAACAAACUUUGAACCAUUUGUCAUCUUCUGUUUCGAUCUUCUUUCAAAAUAAAUACAGUGGGCCCUGAGGGACCAAUAAAAACUGCACAAAGAGAGACACUCUGUGAGAAACCCAAGCACAUUAAAGAGAUUUUCUGGAAGUUUCGUAUAAUUUCAGCCAGUAGUUUUGAAAGUACAGAUCAAGAGCCAAAACG